UGAGGUGGGGUUGAGACGUCGCCGCCCUCGCCGCCGUUCCGCGCUGCCCGCAGCCCAAGCAGCCCAAGCAGGCCCAGGCCAGCAGCCCCAGCAGCGUUCCAGUUCCACGGCCAGUCCGCCCCGCGGCCAAGGCGGCACCACAGCCACGCUUGGGGCCGGGCCUAGGGGUGGCGGAUGCCCUGCGGGGAUGGGUGACUGGUUGCGAGGCACCAUGGCGCCGUGGCUGGCCCUCGCGCUCGCGCUCUCCGCGCUGGGCGCCGUGGCGGCUCAGCGAGGAAGACCUCUCGCCGCUCUGGCCGUCCAGGCCGCGCCGGCCGAGGGGCUGGAGCAGAUACUGGGCGACGGCCAGCCCGAGGACAUCGGCUACGGCUACCAGCGCAGCCGCAACCCCGCGCACCUUGCGCGCGUCACCAGGAACGGGCGGCAGGAAGUGCAGGGGCUGCUGCUGCUUGGCCAGCCCAGCGCCUGGCAGGACGACGCCGCCGAGAAGCGCUCGCGGCUCCUCCCUGCGGACGUGGACGCGGGCGACACCCCGGCGCCGUCGGCCUUCAGGGAGCGGAUGGCGUCACGGCAACGCAGGCAGCGCGUGCAGCAGCAGCAGCAGCUUGAGCGACUCCAGAUGCAGCAGGCACAGCAAGCCCAGCAGCAGCAGUGGGGCGACUGGCGCCGAGACAACCCCAGCAUCAGCUCCUUCUACCCGGCGGGCGGACCAGCGGCCGAGCCCGUGGACAACCCCGAGCGCUACCUGCAGGCCCUGCGCGAGGCGUGGGUGCGCUACCAGCAGCAGACGGGGGCCAUUGACGUCGGCCCCGACGACCUCACCGACCUGGAGACCCUGCAGUUCCUGGAGGCGCUGGGAGAAGACAUCCCCGGCGCCAAGAAGCGAGCCCCCGCCCCCGCCCCCGCCCCCAGCCAGCAGCAGGGCACCUCCUCCCUGGACUGGGCCGCCCCUCUGGUCUGGAGCGGCUACCAGCUCAAGAAGCGCUCCACCAACCCCGACGAGGAUGACUCCGACGACUGGGGCGAUGAACGGCUGGACGACUCCACUGGCGUGCUGGACGACGACGAGUACGGGCCCGGCAGCCUGAGCCUCAACUUCCCCAGCGUGCCCAGCGGCCCGCCGGGCCCGGGCGGCAACCGCCUGGCGCUGCUCCUCACCGAGCAGCUGUUCGACGAGCGCUACAACGACCCGGCCGUCAAGCGGCUGCUGCUCACCAAGCGCAGCGCGCAGCGCCCGGACGAGGAGGCGCUGCAGCAGGGCCAGCAGGGACACGCCAUGCGACGCCGCAAGAAGAGCACGCAGGCCCACGCCGACACGGCCCCCAACGUGCAGAAGGACCUGGCCAGGAUCUUCGGCGAGCCCGAGCCCGCCGACGGCGAGCCCGAGCCGCCACUGGCGCUGCCUCUCGCCGCUGCCGCCUCCGCCCCAGCCACCACCGUCCCCGGCGCGGCCCCCACCGCCACCGCCACCACCACGGCCGGCCCCAACAAGAACGCCACCAAGCAGGCCGACGGAGCCCAGCGCAACCCGGUCCCCCUGAGCCCCAUCGGGCACGCUCACGAGACGGACAAGAUCGCCAGGGAGCACGCCCAGCACCCGCACCAGCACGCGCCCGGCACCGCCACCAACAGCCCCAACACGGUGGUGCACGUGCACGAGGAGCACGCGCCGCCCAUGGUGGCCGCGGAGGGCCCGCACGCCCACGACCAGGCCGUGCACGCCGAGGAGCAUGCCGAGGAGCACCCCCCGCCGUCUCAGGAAAAGGGGUCGGCGUCGACCGGGGCAGCCGGCGCUAACGGCGCCCCGGCGGUGGCCGCGGCCGACGGCGAGCAGGAGGAGCUGCCCAUCCCCCUGGCCCUGUCCCGCCACCGCCGCAUCGCCAAGAAGUCCAUCGACUGGUCGCAGUACUUCGGCCUGGACCGGCGCCGCAAGAAGUCCACCCAGUACAGCGACGCGGACGUGGACGCCUUGGAGAACGCCGUGGACGGCGAGUGGCUGCUGCGACACAACCUCAUGGGCUUCAAGUCUUCAAAGGGAGGCAACAUCAACAAGCGCGUGGCCGUGAAGAAGGAGGGCGCCUCGCCGGACGAGCUGCUGCCGGCGGCGUGGGACAAGCGCUGGGACCUGGCCGAUGACGAGGGCGUCGUCACGGAGGACGACGAGGAGGGCGUGCUGCAGCCGCGCCCGGGCAUCACCCCGGUGGCGCGCACCAUCACCUUCUGGGCGCGCGACACCAUGGGCCGCUGCCCCGCCGUCGCGCAGCUGUCGCAGUCCUGCCGCGGCGUGGUGGGCGGCGACAACGGCCUGGUGCCCAUCUGCGUGCUGUACCACGCCUGCCACCUUUGCGGGCCCUACGUGGGCUUGCCGGAGAGCUCGUCGUGCGUGUCCGAGCUGCGCCGCCUGGGUGCCGAGAUCUGCACGUCGGCGCCGCACGAGCCCGAGUGCCGCGCCAAGGUGAAGGCCGUGGCCCGCCUGUACAGCAGCAAGGCGUCCUCCGAGCGGGACAGGGACACGUGCCUCAAGCAGCCCUGCCUCGGCUUCUUCUUCCUCACCGCCCCCGCCGUGGCCUUCACGCGCUAGGCCGCUAGGCCGCUACGCGUUCGCCCUCCUCUCGCGACGCUCGCGGUGGGCCUUGGGCGCCCGGGGCCUUCCUGUCGGAGAGCUGGGCGGAGAGCAGCCGCAGCACCCCCGCAGCGCGCCCGGAAUGCCGGAUUGGGUGGGGGAGCCACGUGACAGUGUAGGCAGGCCUGGCCUGGGCCUCCGCCACGUGGUGCUUCAGCAUCUCCAGCUUGCUCCGGCCCCAGCUUUCUGGCAGCUUUGCCGUUGCCGGCUUGCCGGCCCUCGCAGUCUUCGCAUAUCAAGCUUGUGUGUCUGUGUCCUUCCCGCCGCUUCAGUUUCAGUGUUUCAGUGUGCCUGUCUCUUUGUGGAGGGAGAGUUACCUCGUGGGGAAGUUGAAGUUGUCGACUUGCAUGCCGGGAAGGGAUGCCUCUGACUACUGGGCCCGACGGGCCGAGUGCACCUGACUUCACUCUAGACGAGCUUCAAAUCCUUGAGUCCCUUUCAGCCCGCCGCGUUACUUUGAUUGCGAAGUACACACAGCCGCAGCUUUGGGUGGGGAAGUCCCAGGUGUCCCCACUUCACUCUCCACCCCCGCUUUCACUAGCCCUCAGCCCUCGCGGUUUUUUAAAUCCAUGUCCGAGGCUUCCGCCGCAGCUGGCUUAUUCGCUUUGGAAAUCAUGACUGUGAUAUUAGGAUAAAUCUGGCAUUGGUAAUGAAACGAAAUUUGCCGGCACUUCAUUCUCUUGUGUGAUUGGCUGGUGCAGAAUAAAUAAUAAUUCACAGUCAUAUGUAUUGAACCACUGCUGUCUCUGGUGAAGUCAGUAGGCAAGUAGUCAGACAGUUUGAAGGUACAUGCUUUAAAUUUUAAAUGCAUGAGUCUAUGAUCCAAUAAUGUGUGGGGGAAGAGGAACAAUAGCUAAUAAUUGAAGCUAGGACGAAAACAGCUUAUGAAGAGAAUAUCUCUGUGUGGAAUCCAGGAUGGAGAACUUGUAACGUCUCUCGGCAUAAUCAGCUUCCACAGAUUUCUCUCAAGGUUUUGUGAUGCUUUUGAUGUUAUUAGUUUCACAGCCUGUUUGAAACUUUCCAAAAGGGUGCAAAUUUUGGAAGGCAUCUUCAAAACAGUGCUUUAAGAACGUAAAUCAAGAAGAUGGAGUUUUCCCAAGUAGAUCAGUGUGUUAAGUAAUUCUGUUUAAAUUACAAUAUUCAAAGGAUUCCCCACUUGUUCAUUCACUACACCAGCAAUAAAGAAUAUGUAAAUCUCAACCAACAAAAAUAAAGUGUAUUAUGCUUUUUGAACCACUAGACCAGUUUAAGUUAAAUGUUACUCACUUAGAUUGUAACUAUAGACAAUAAUGGGAAUAAAAUGUGAAAUUGAUGUUGUCUCUGAUCCGGUUCUGAGAAUGUUAAAAGAAAAUAGAAAUAAACAGUGAGGAAACCUAA